UGGGUGGUUGCUGCGAGUGGCGCGGUGUCGCCGGCGGCUGCGAGCGCUCUCAGAAGCAGGGAGCCACUUCCAAGCGAUCUCGGCCGCCCUAUCUUCUCCACCCUGCUGUGGGGCAGAAGUCACAGGAAGCUCCCGCAAGAAUCCAGGAGAAUCCGGCAGGCUCCGAGUAGUCCAAAGCGAGGCCUCUGAAGAUUUGACUCAGGCUCCCAGCGUCCCGGUCCUUCCCCGCUCUCCACCCUACAGGCUCCCGACAGCUGUCAGCUCUCGGAUUCGUGGCAGGGUGUGCCCCCCCCUCCCCGAUUUCUCCUUGCAAGUUCGGCCUGCAGUCCCAGAACCGGAUUCCAAAGUUGGAUCUCUUCUGCCUUGGUUGCACGCCGGGACCUGAGAGUCUGACUCUGGACACAGAACUUUUCCUGCCUGUUGUUUGUGUUCCUUACCCAGGAACUUUUCCCGAAAGCGCCUGGAAUGCCAGAGGCGCAGGUGGCUGAGAGCGGCCAGGGAACCCCUCCCCCGCAGCACGCCAUGGCGGCCGGGGACUGGGAGAUCGACGUGGAGAGCCUGGAGCUGGAGGAGGACGCGCGCGGGGCGCCGCCGGGGCCCAGCCCUCCGCCGGCCGACGGAGACGACGAGCAGGACGAGGACGAGGACGCCGCGGAGGACGAGGAGGCGGGCGGCACCGAGGAGCAGCCGGGGGCCCAGCAGGCGCGGCCGCUUCCGGCGCCCGGGGAGACGCAGACCCCCGCCGCGCCCCCAGAGCGCAGCACGCACGGCGCCGCCGCCGCGGAGCCCCGCAAACUGAGCCGCACCCCCAAGUGUGCGCGCUGCCGCAACCACGGCGUGGUGUCCUGCCUCAAGGGUCACAAGCGCUUCUGCCGCUGGCGCGACUGCCAGUGCGCCAAUUGCCUGCUGGUGGUGGAGCGCCAGCGCGUCAUGGCCGCCCAGGUGGCGCUCCGGAGGCAGCAGGCCACCGAGGACAAGAAAGGGCUUUCUGGGAAGCAGAAUAAUUUUGAACGCAAAGCUGUAUACCAGAGACCAGUCAGGGCUCCCAGUUUGCUGGCCAAAAGCAUUUUAGAAGGCUACCGCCCCAUCCCAGCAGACACUUACAUGGGAGGGAGCUUAUCUCUACCUACCCCUGUAAGUGACCGGAUGAGGAAAAGGCGGGCCUUUGCUGACAAAGAACUGGAGAACAUUAUGUUGGAGAGAGAAUACAAAGAGAGGGAGAUGCUGGAAGCUUCCCAGACUGCCGCCUUGUUUCUGCCCAAUCACAUGCCCCCUGGACCGGAAUACAACUCCUACAAAGGUGGCUAUAGCCCCAAUCCUGUGGAAUCACCCAGCAAAGACUUCUGCAAUUUCUUACCCACUUGCCUUGAUCUAACCAUGCAAUAUUCAGGGUCUGGGAAUAUGGAACUCAUCUCUUCCAAUGUCAGCGUGGCCACAACGUACAGACAGUACCCCUUGCCCUCGAGGUUUUUAGUUUGGCCCAAGUGUGGCCCUAUCAGCGACACCCUUCUAUACCAGCAGUGCCUGCUAAAUGCUACCGCUUCAGUUCAUGCCUUGAAGCCCGGGGCCAGCUGGGACUUGAAGGGGGUGCUAGUCCAGGAUGGACUGGGUGCAGAGCAGGAGCUGAUGCAGCCCAAACUAGAAGCCUCUCUGGUGCUGCCUCAGACUCCCGAGGAGGCUCAAACCCUGAGAAGUGACCUCCAGGGUCACCAGGCCACCUCGGAGAGGUCUGCCUUCACCCCUCCCCGCCGGAAUUUCCCUCCUGCAGUCAUUGACUCUGACUCUCUGGCAGCUCAAGGACAUGUCGUCUUAAGCAAGAUCAGUAAAGAAAGCACCAGGCACCCUCUGCCACUUAAACAUAAUCCAUUCCACUCAUUAUUCCCGCAAACGCUUAGCGACAAACCAGGCCCUGAGUUGAAAACACCCUUCCUCAAAGAGGCCUUUGAAGAGGUCCCGAAAAAAAGCAGUGAGUGUUUAGUCAAGGAGAACCAGAAGUACACAUUUACAAUAGAUAGAUGCGCAAAAGACCUUUUUGUAGCCAAACAAGUCGGGACGAAACUCUCUGUGAAUGAACCGCUGUCAUUUUCUGUUGAGUCUAUUCUUAAGAGGCCUUCGUCUGCCAUCACUCAUGUCUCUCAGUGAAAAGCUACCUAAUGGAAUGCCAGAUCUUCACCCGUCACGUCACCUAGAAUUAUUACCAGAACUACUAUUUAAAAAACAAAAGACAACUGAAGAUGUCUGUAUAAAAAUGUCCAAUUUACAUGUGGUGAUUUCAAAGUCGAUAUACUCAUAUGCAUGUACUUCCCCCCCCACCAUGUAAACAUAUUUAAACUUAAAAAUGGAAACUGCUUGUGUGCAGGCUGCAAAGUUUGGUGCUUUGCACAGCAUUUCAAAAGCAAUAAAAUUGACACAGUCUUCUAAAAGA